CACUCCCCACUCUCCCCCACUCUUUCAUCUCAUCCAGGGAGAAAAGAUCCAGCCACAGCAACUGUUCCGCUCUCCGAGAUCUCAGCUCCCCCAUCCCCAUCCCCCUCCGGCAAUGCCUCCAUGGGCGGCCACCCCCGUGCUGCCCCUCCUCCUGCUGCUGCUCCUCGUGCAGGGGAGAGGAGGCCACGGCGCCAUCACCAUGGCCACCCUGGACAUGGACAUGGACAUGGGGGUGGAGGCAGCGCAGAUGGGCUCGGGCGCGGCGGCGCACGGGCGGCUGCUGUGGGCGACCGGCGGCGGGCGGAGGUACAUCAGCUACGACGCGCUGCGGGGGGACGCCGUGCCCUGCUCCCGGCCCGGCGUGCCCUACUACAACUGCCGCGUCAGCACCACCGCCAACCCCUACUCCCGCGGCUGCGAGUCCAUCACCCGCUGCCGCGACGACGACCCUUCCUAGUAGGUAACUGCAGUAAUUGAUUCUCAAAGCUGCUGGAUCCAGAAGGCGGCCGCUGCUCAUUUUGUGUGUGUUUUGCUUGGUGGGUCGGGUUCAGUAGGUGGAGUAUUUUGCUGGAUCAUAUAUCAAUCAAUAAUAUAAGGAAUGUGUCCGUGUGUGUACUACCUAGUACUGUAUGUAACUAAGAUCCGAUUCCAACUCCCAGGAUAUUAUUACACGGAGGAACCUGGAUUAUAUGGAGUGUUAUAUUAUAGUUUAUAGAAACUUCCCUGGUAA